AUGUUAGCCAGCAGGAUAUUUUUUCGUGAUUUCUGUAAAGAUAUUCUCCCUUUACUUGUUGGUACAGAUACUCAACUCUCUUCUUUUUGGCCCAAUGACCGAGUUCCUUUAAGAAAUUCGAAAUCUUACCCUAGCGCGAAACUAACUGGAGCAGAGGAAUGCGUGAAUACAGAGCAAGAUGAUGAGACGACUUUUAGAGAAAGGACCAGAACAGAAGAGAACAAAUGCAGAAUGGACAGGCCCAAGGCACAGAAAACGGUGCAAAAGGUUGAAAAAUUCCAGAACGACUGCAUGGAGGAGGACAGGGAGGAGCAAGAUAAGCUAGUGCCCACUUCAACUAGAACAUUUUCUUACGACAACUUUCGCAGCUUUUUAAUUCUGGCUAAUGAAAAACUGAUGCAUCUGAAGGAAAUCAAGCUUUUGAUAAACCUAGCCAAAAAGGAGGUAAAAUAUUUGUACUUAAUUAUAAAUGAUAUAGGCCUGUUCAGUUAA